AAAAAAGGCUCAUCAGUGUGACGCUCUUGCUAGCCGCCGCCCUCCUGGCAGAUUAUUCCUCACACUGCCAUCUACUCCGGCCUUUCUGACAUUCCGACCAUGUCUACCGCUACCAGCAGCUCGAGCAGCAGCAUGCGUUUCAGCCUGCCUAAACCGAGUCUGCCUAAACCGCCCCCUCCUUCAUCUCUGUCAAUGACGACCCCAUCUCUGGGGUCAAGCGAGCUACUCCCCAAACCGAAGCGGGGUGCACCGAAGGUCGCGCCGGCUAGCCAAGCUCCGAAGCAGUCGAGUGAUCCCUCCUUGAACCCAGCGCUCUGCGAAGGCUGGUGAACCAUGCUCCUCGCUCCUCAUCCAUCCUGAGCAUUGCUCCUCCCCACCGCACCCGCCCACCAUUCACACUUUUCCCUCUUGCGCCAUUAGGUUAGAAUUCUCCCAUUGGAGAUAGAGGACACCAUUCCCUGAAGCAUUGUCAAGCCGUGGAUGUCUACUAGUCAAUAUUCCCAUGGCGGAGAGCGAUGUGUUCAGUAAUACACAUGUUUAUGCCUGCUCGGCUGAAGCAGUAGUUUUGAAUCGUGCCAAGUACAAAUGUUGCCGUCAGGUCCCAUCCCACACUCGGCCGCAGUCAUAGGUGCCGUGUGAUAGGCGCCAUCAUGAUUUGUGACCCAUGAGGCUGUCCCGGCCAAUUAUCCGAUGUCGGCGCACGGUGGAGCUGGAAUUCAUUAUCGAGUGCGGCGCGCAGCGAGAGACGUCGUGGUGGAGGAGCGCGACUGAAGCUGCUUGGAAUCCAAGCGCCCCAUAUCAUGAGCAAACAACCGAUUGGCAACCACCUGUGUCAUGUUGCCAUUUCAUCUGAUGAACAAAAGGCGGUUCUCCCAUACAGCAUCUCCGUGACGGUCCCCCAUACGCAGGCACAGGCUUGGCUGCUUUCUAACUUUCUUCCUCUGCUCCGUUCCUUCUCCCUUCUUCUCCCAUGCUUUCUCUUCCCUUAGCUUUACUAGUCGCUCUCCCGGCACUCUGCGCUUCGGAGCCAGUCCAUAUUCCGCUCAUCCGACGCCAUGGAGGCAGGGCCAAGACGACCGCCGACCACUUGCGCAACGCCGAAUUCGUCCGCAUGCGUUAUGGAUAUAGCUCUGGCAGCCCCGCAUCAUCAUUAACAAACACAUCAUCGACCUCUAAACGUCUCGAUCGUCGAGCUUCCGCACAAAGCCUGAAUAUCGUUAAUCAAAACGGGGACUCGAGCUACUUUGGAUCGGUUAGCAUAGGAACGCCACCCCAGGCUUUCCAUGUUAUCCUUGACACCGGGUCUUCCGACCUCUGGGUCGUAGACACGAACUGCGUCACUUGCGACCCUACGUCGCCCGCAUUCAACUCCCAGAACUCGUCGUCGUUCCAGGUCCUCGACAGCACUGCGACCACCAUCAGCUACGGUUCUGGUCAAGUCCAGGGCUUUGUCGCCCAAGACGAUGUCACCAUGGGGAACUUCACGAUGUCUGCUCAGGGCUUCCUGACUGCCGAGGUGACGUCGAGAGGGCUGCUCCAGGGCUCUGUCUCUGGAUUGAUGGGUCUGGCGUUUGCAGCGAUUGCCUCUACGAAGACACGCCCUUUCUGGCAGAACCUCAUCUCCAGCAAUCAACUGGAGGCUCCCGAAAUGUCGUUCUGGCUCAGCCGUUUCCUUGGCACAACCAAGGAGGAACAGCCGGGAGGAUCGUUCAUCCUCGGAGGCACCAACACUUCUUUGUACUCCGGCACUCUCGAGUUUCAAUCGCUUAUCAGUAACAUCCCAGGCCCAGCGAGCUUUUGGCUGCUUGGCUUGUCAGGCAAGCCGUUUGGAAUUGUCUUGACUGCUGCGGCGCCGCUGAUCAUGACAAUGACAGGGAUCACUGUUCAAGGCCAAGCGGUAAAGGUGGCUACUGGCGCCAAUGCUCUUUCCGCGAUCGACACCGGAACAACCCUGAUUGGGGGGCCUACGACUGAUGUUGCAGCCGUCUGGGCGGCUGUUCCGGGAGCUGUGAAGAGCGUGCAGAACCUGGGGUACUAUGAAUACCCGUGCAGCACCUCGGUAAGCAUCAGCAUGGCAUUCGGUGGACAAUUGUGGCCCAUCGACCCUGCUGACAUGAACCUUGGCCCCGGAUCGAAGAAGGGGAUGUGUGUCGGGUCCAUCUUCGAUCUCACCGCGGGAAGUGCUAUCUCACCUGGACCCGGGACGCCUACCUGGGUCGUGGGUGAUACGUUCUUGAAGAACGUCUACACUGUGUUCCGAUCGAGCCCUGCUGCUGUUGGUUUUGCCCAGCUUUCUGCGGCAGCUGGUGGCGGAUCGGGAACUCCGGGAGCAGGUCCAGCCGGUACAGGCAGUUCCUCCUCAGGAUCGACGUCCAAUACGGGAAUGCACACUGUUCAAUCACGAUCGCUGUCGCUGUUGCUGAUGGUUUUUGGUGUCGUUGUCUAUCUGCUCUGAUGAUGAAUGAUCAUGACUACGAUCGGACUCGAUUUCCACGGACGACGCUCACUUGAAUAACCUUGAUGUAAGAUACAUAACGUGAUAUGCAAAUACUAGAAUUCCGC